AUGCGGCCAGUUCAAAGCGGCCUGGGAACGGCCCUGGGCGCCAACGAUGAUGAUAUAUACGAUGUACCGACGAGCCGCGAAACAACACCAACGUCACCGGCUAAGGGAGCGUCGCAAGAUGGCUCUUGGAAGAGCAAUGAUAUUGGGAAGAAGAGGAAGCGCUCCUCCACGUCAUCGGAUGCUUCCACAAUCAAGCGGCCACAGGCUUCACGGCUUCAGACGAGAUCUGUCCCGAGCCCUGGACCCGCACGGAGAAGACUAUAUUCGUCAUCUAGACCGUUGCCUGCCCACAACGCUCAGCGCGCGACACAGAGUAAAGAUGUUGCACUGUUUCCGGCAGCACCGAUUCAGCCAACUCAUGGUAGCAAGCCUCCCGAAACUACGAUAUCUAAACCGACAGACUUGUCCGACACGAUGAUUCCAGCCCCACGUCGUCAGCGUCUGAUAGACAAAUUGGUCGCGCAAAGAGCUGAGAGCCCAGAGUUCGACCUCGAGUCUGACUCGGGGUCACCUUCUGAUAUUGAAAAGGGUGUAUCACAAGGGCACCUAGCACAUCCUAUAGAUGGGCCGAUCUAUAACUCACAAUCACCACAAAUCCGAUCUGGGGCGGCCAGGACACCUGACCGGCGAUCCGGGCCCGCCAAGAACAGCAAGAUUAAGCUGACUUAUAGUAGUUCGAGGAGCUUUUUGGGUAGCUCCCAGGGUCAGGAUGGCACUGUCAUGCUUGAUGAUGGAGGCAGCGUCUUGCCGACGCAGCGCGAAGAAGACCCUUUUGCGGCGCCCCUGAGCCCGCCUGCUGCCGAAUACGACUUUGCCGAUGACCUGGAUAUUCCAAAAGUUGGGAUACAGAGUGUCCAUGAACUUCGCCGCGCCGGCGCCAACAAUCGGUUUUCGGAUGAGAUGGACGAUUUGUUGUCACGCAUCGGCAAACCGUCCGCAGUUCCCUCCUUGUUAAGGCGCAACGCGCUUUGUGAGCUAGCAAACAAGCUACAACAGAAGGAAUUCGCCAGUCAGUUCCGUGAUCACGCAGCCCGCGAUAAUGUUGUGAAAGCCAUCGGAAGCGAACCAGAUGUGAUUAGCGGGUUUGCUCUGAUUGCUGCUCUCGUUACAUUCUUGUCUUUCAGCCCAGCUCCCCAUUUGCUUCGUCAAUUGACAGCUGAGAAGAUUGGAAAACUUCUGAGUCGCUUGUUCCAAGAACAGCAAGAUGUAAUGGAGAUUGCAGCGCAAAAGCGGCUUAACUUAUCGCGAAGCACCAAAUCUUUGCUCGAAAGUUUGAAAAUUGGAAUCCUUCAAAUGGACAUUUGGCAUGAGGAGAAACUGCCAUCGCUUACUCCUCGCGCACUUGCGUUACAGCUUCUUGUCAUUCUCAGUCGCUCCGCAGAUAUUCAGUGUCUCGAGCAUCUCACCGGUGACAUAGAGCGCGAUAUCGUGGUGAUGGCAUCAAUCUACUCGAAGGAGCGACCUCCACGAAACAUCGACUAUGUUUUAAUAAUACUGGCUUUAGAAGCGCAGUCCAACUUAAUUGGCUUGGAAAGUCAGAGAUACGCCACUGCUAUCAAGGGAUGUUUUCAGGCGACUCUCGAUACCUGGCUACUGCAGGACGAUUCCUUGAAUAAUACGACGCUCAAAUUGGCAAUCAACGUAACCAACAGCGAGAUUGGGGCGUCUGUAUUCGAUGAUUGCUUAUUGCUGUCGAAAUUGGUCGCCUUGAUAUCAGAAAGCUUAUCCCAGAUCCAAAGCACUCUGCAGAGGAGUGGCUUUCAAAGCAACUUGUACGAUGAAUUGCUUUUGUUACUGGGUAUUCUCAUCAACAUUCUUGAGCAUUGCCCGCAGGCACGGGCCUCAGUAGAUGGGGACUCCCUUGACAUGGCUACAGCUCUUUGGCUAGGCAAUAUGUCUUUCGUCAACGAUGCGGACUCUGUCAGCAAGUCCAAGAUAGGCGUUGCAUUCGGUUACCUGGCUAUUGUAUUAGGUUAUUUAUAUCUAACUGCCUCCGGGCGCUUUCGAAUGCGGAAACGUCGAGAUUGGCCCGGAACAGCCCAUUUGGUGAAUUUUAUCGAGGAAUUUCUCCGUAUUUCCAAGACGAUCGGAAAUAGAACCAAUGAGCUAGAGACACUCGUCAGUGAUCUCCGUCUGCAGCAGGCCUCUGGAGGAUAA